CACUCACCCUUGCCGGAGGGGGAGGUAUCUGGGGUAAGGCUGUCUGAGUGGAGGAUUUUGCAAACAAUUCAGGUUAUUCAGCCCAGAACGUGUGUUGGUUGACUUGUGACACCCAAAUGACACGGCUGGACAUAAAGUUACAUCUCCAGCAGCAGAGGGGUCAAUCUUUGUAUGUGCAGCAUUUCAAAACAAAACGCUGCACAUACAGCCUCUAGGCACCAUGACCACUUCAAAAGGCAUUACUUCCAUUUAGUAAACAAUGGCAGUCUAUGAUGCUUAAACAUUAUCAUGUUGUUGAUAUACCUUGGUCAGUUCAGCUUUCCAUGUUAAUGCUCUAUAGCUAUAGUAUAGAAAAUAAUAUCUAUUUUUAAGGAAAAUUUAUGGUGCUCCAGGCACCAUAACUACCUACGUUCCAUGCAAGGUUUGGUGGUAGGAUUUCCAUGUCAUACAUUUCCCAUUUUCCUCUCUUUUAUUAACUGCUAAUGACUUGCUGAUGGUCCACAUUUUUUAACAGGUAUCACACAAGAAACUAUGCUUCCUUUACUGUUUGAAUUUCAUAUUGCAAAACGUUCCAAGUUUCAAGUUUACAAUCAUAGGCAGUGGCGUACUAAGGGGGGGCGGAGGAGGGGGUCCGCCCCAGGUGCCACCAGGAUGGGGGGUGCCAUGACCAGCCCCGCCGCCCCCUCCCAUGCUGCAGCCGCCCGGGCGCAGCCUGAGGAGAGGGGCUGACAGGAGGGAAAGCGCUCCCUCCUGUCACUCCCUCUGUUGUAGCGUGGCCGAGCCCAGUAUAGUCGGCUGGUACAGGGAGCAGCUGUCUCCUGUACCCGGCCGGACUAACAGGAAGUGCACACAGAGUGUUCACUUCCUGUUAGUCCGGCCGGGUACAGGAAACAAAAGCUCCCUGUACCCGCCGACUAUACUGGGCUCGGCCACGCUACAGCAAAGGUAGGGGGGGGGAGGGAGAAAGAGGAGAAAGGGGGGGGUGACAAAGAGGAGUCUAGGAGCCCGGAUGUAAAUCAAGCCACCUAUAGUGAAGCUCCUAAGAUGAGGGCAUAACCCUCUAAUAACGUGAAUGUAAAAAAUACAGCGUCCAACUAUGGGAGACUAGAAGGAGGAGCUCCAUUAGCAUAAGGGAGAGAGGGAAGGAAAAGGGGAACCUACCUUUAAUCAAUCUAAGGAUAAAAAGCAAACAGAAGAGAAAAUGGGUAACAAAAGGGAGAUUGACUAAACGCUGAUAUUAAUAUCAUUCUUUUGCAGUAUUCAUUCAAAAUGGCAUUGCAACAGAAUCCAGGAGGAACCCAGCCCCGGGCCUUCAACAGAGCUGGCACCUUGUUUCUACAGACGUGAUAACUCUCGGAAGGAACCCAAGCUCUUCCCACCAGGGAAACUGUGCACAUAGAGCAAGCGUGGAUUUGUAAGUUGUCAUUGAUUUUGCUGAAUGGCACUCUACAUAUGUGGAUUGUGUCCUGGGGAUAACCCCCUAGGGGCUGUUUGCUAGGGUAGGCAUAAUAGUACGAAACUUUUCCCAAAAUUGCUCACAAAUAAAAUCAAAUUUAAUCAGGAAGGUACCCGACUGGGAUGAAGAAUAUGCUUACCCAAGGCCCGAGGCCAUCUUGUUUCAUGCUUCACAGGUUUCUCGAUUCCUCCAAGCUCCACACCAGCACGCAAUUUCCUCAGUGGGGAACAGAAUCACCCCCAGUGGUCCUAAGGGGGGAUCAGGGUUCCAAAGACCAUCCUCAUUGCUAACAGUUUUAUGUUGGGAGUCUAUCGCCUCCUGCACUUAACUUAGAACUAAGCCGUAGUUGGUGGAGCUGCAGUCACUGUCUCAUGUACCCAAUUUCAGGGUUUAUCUGAUGAUCAAUAGCACCUACCUCUCUGACAACAGAAGAUCAUCAUAGACAAUACAUUAUUAACUUUUCUAGAUAUCCAAGGAGCGGUAGCCUGAUGAGUCUGCCAUGGCGGUCAGGGCAGCCCUGUAACCAUAUUUCUACUUUUCUUAAAAAAACUAUUUAUUGAUAUUGUGCAUUAAAACAAAGUGGGUGACUUUUACCCUCUAGCUCCCCCUAAAUACACCCCUGGAUUUUCGCAACCAAGUAUCUAGUAUAUAAAACCUCUGACGCACAGGAACAAGUGAAAGAAACGCUUGGGUAUUGCUCUUUUUACAAUACAUUGGAAGAAACACCUAACCCUGCACAUGAUGUCUAGUAAUAAGUAAAAUGAUAGAAUCUGAUAGUGGGUUAUUGUGGAUUUGAUACUACACUCCUUCAUAUUUGCCCAAGACAUAUACCCACUUACUUACCACACAUAUAUAUUAGGUAUUACGCCAAACUACUCACCUUUCAGUGAUAGAAUUGCCCUAAUCUUUUUUAGCCCGCUUCCAUGAUACUUUGUUGCUCAUCCAUUCCUAUAUGUAAGAUGUUAAAAUGUUCAAGCUAUGUCAAGUUAUCGUAAACCUUACUAAAUGUAUCUUCACAGUUCUUUCUCCCCCAACAGUUACUGUUUAGAAGUCACCAUUUAAAGGAACAAAUUUUCUCCUGUGCUUAUAUGAGUUACAUAUAUAGCCUUUUAGUAAUGCACAAGGCAGCCAACAGAAAAGAGAAUCUUCAAAGGAAGUGGAAGCUUGGAUUACGGGGACGACGUAGCACGAGUUAGCAGACAGGUCGGAUUGGGAAAAUGCACUAAUACUGAACAGUGAAACAAACUGAAACUUUAUAGCCUAGUCUCCAGUCCUUCAAGAAAUCACUGAAAACACAUCUCUUCAGGAAAGCUUACCGUCUCUCACAUUUCACUGCCCUCAUUAGUUCCGUCACCUCCAUAGUCCAGCUCACUCUCUAUCCUGCUACAAUCUGGGCUUUCCACAUGCCACUUUUACUGGUUUAUUUUGACACAGGCCUUAUAUCUAUCAAUCCCUACUCCCUAUGAUGUGAUGUUAUUUAUCCUGUGUGACAGAGUGUGAGGGACGUCUACAGAUGUUAAAAAACACGCAUGAACAGAACUGUCCGUUACCAUAUGAUAAGGGUUGGUCUGAUAUGGAAAUAGGAUUUAAUUGGAUUAGGACAGAGUUAAGGUAACAUAAUUGCAUAAAAACUAAAAAACCUAUUGGAUAAAUUUGGUUAAAACUUAUCAUGUUAUAAAGUAAAAGUGUCAUGGUACGGAGGGGUUGAGAAAAGCAGAUGUAGAAUUUUAAAUUGGUGAUAAAAUAAAUGUAUAUAAAUGGAGGACAGAGAUGCGGAAAGGAAAAUAAAUCAUAAAUGGUUCGAAUUUCUGUAGUUUUAGUUCCGGCAUAAUUAUUUUUGGCGAAGACUUGGCACUAGGCUCAAACAUGUUUGUCAUAGCUUCUAUAGAACAUUCACACUCAUCGCUAUAUAUAGUGUACGUAUGAAGGUUGAAGUACAAACGUUUUUGUUUAGCGAUUGUUAUUUUAGUUUAUGGGCCUUUAUAAUGGAUAUUCUGUCUUUGGCGCCACAGCUUACUUUAACAAGUUUUAAAAUAUAAAAAAGUUAACAAUUAUUUCUUAUCUUUUGAUUUUUAUGUAUGAUAGUGUAUUCAUAAAAUGUACUCAAAAAUUUACAAACUGUAAUAAAAUGCAAGAAUUUUACUAGUUUUGAAUUUCCGCCAAAUGUUGUGUGGGAAUCAAUAUUUCCUUGUGUUUUUAAUUUUAAAAUGCUAAUAAUAUACACGCAGUAUUGCAAUUUAUGUGUUAAAAUGUUUGUUUUUGUAAUCUUAGAAAUUGCUCACUCUCAUGCUUUGAAGCAUUUGUGACUUAUCUAUAUAUCCAAUAAAUAUUGUUAUUUUCUUGCAAUAUUUAAUGCCUGUCAUAAACUGACAUGCUGAGCACAUGACAAUGUAUCUCUGCAUUCAUACUUAUUUACACUGAUCAGCCACAAUAUUAAAUCUACUUGCCUAAUAUUGUGUAGAUCCUACUUGUGCUGCCAAAUCCACACGAUCUCUGAACUUGUCCUUUUGUAUCUGGCACCAAAACAUUAGCAGCAGAUCCUUUAAGUACUGCAAGUUGCGAAGUGCCACAGAUUGGAUUGAGAUGUCGAAAUUUGGAGGUCAAGGUGUACUCUUUAUCAUGUUCCUCAAACCAUUCCUGAACAAUUUUGCACAAUGACUGGGUGCAUUAACCUGCUGAAAAAGACCACAGCCAUCAGAGAACACCUUUGCCAUGAAUGGGUCUGCAAUAAUCUUUUCAAAUUAACAUCUGCAUGAAUUCCCAGCAGAACGUUGCCCAGAGCCUAACACUGUCUCCACUGGCAUGCCUUAUUCCGAUAAUGCAUGCUGCUGCUAUAGCUUCCCCAGGUAAUCGACACACACACACACGAUCAUCCACCUGAUUUAAAAGAAAAGGUGAUUCAUCAGACCAGGCAACUUUCUUCAGUUACUCCAUAGUCCAGUUUUGAUGCUCAUAUCCCCAUUAAAGGCAUUUUCAGCAGUGGACAGAGGUCAUCAUGGGCAUGCUAAUAGGUCUGCAGCUACCCCACCACAUAUACAGUGUGUUCUGACACCUUUCUAUCAUGGCCAGUGUGAAGAAAUGACUCCGUUAAUCAGGAUUUCUACCUUUUGUUGUACAGUUAAUUCACCAAACUCAGCUGGAAUUCGGCAUGUAACUUUCAUUUCUAAGUUUCGGAUGGAUUCAGGCGAAUUCCCUGUGUAAAAUAUAGAUGGCCGCCAUUUCGGCACUUUACAUGUGGUCGCGGCCAUUUUACGUGCGAACAGCGGUGUUUGCCCGUCGACGCGUGGAACUAAAAUCGGAUACGCAAACAGGCGAACACCGCUGAGACCUCCAUACAUCCAGAACUUCGCACGGGAACGACCGAAUCACCGGCCGUUCGGUAGUUGCAUGCAGCUUCGUAUGGGGAUUGCAACGAUCGCAAAGAUGCGAAUGGAUGGCAGGGCUUUCGUCUCUUUUAUUCGCCUAAACGGAGACCGACCGCAGGGCCAAAACUUAUGGAACUAUUUUCGGCUAGAGGGUCCGUGCGGUCGGUCAAAACUUUAGUGUUCCAUAACUCCCGAACCAUUCAUCCGAAUGGACUGAUUUUUUGACAUGUUGUCCCCACAAAUGAGAACUAUCCAGCGGUACCCAAUUUAAAGGUGUACCCCCUGUUUUUGGGGUACAUCCAGAACUGGGGUAAAAUAGUGCACGUUUUAAUGAAGUUAACUGUUUAUCAGAGGGGAGGGAGGUAUGGGCUGUAACCUAUACCUGAUUGGUGAUUUAAUGCCUCCCCCUGGGUGUGUAUUUCUUGUCUGUAACCCUAAUAAAAAGCAGGCUGGAGAUUCCAGACCUCAGAUCUACUUGUAUCCUGAUUCUGGACUCUGACUGUUAUUUGGGAAUUCGUAUGCUUUACCAAGGGAAUUAUCUUGGGAAGCUGUUAUAUUUCUUAUGGACUUCAUUGCUUAGAGCUACCUUGGACGCUGACAUUGCAGGAGGAAUUAUCAAAGCGGUUCAGCUAUACUUGAUUUCCUUACAACUGGUGGCAAGCGGAGGGAUUCGAACCCCAAAUGGACAUUUCAAAACAAGCAGAGGAAUGAAUGGCUCAGCAGUACCAGCUACUUAAAAGAACCACGCUAAAGGACUUACUGGAAGCUCGAGGCAGAGUGGCAAGUAACAAAACAAAAGCCACGUUAAUUGCGGAGCUAAUGCAGAGCGAUAAUACCAGUAAUAUAGAGAUGGAUCAAGAGGAAGAAACCGUGAUGCAAAAGGACAUCCGAUGGACACUCAGUUUAUUGGGACCCAAUCCAUCCUCAGAGGCAAUACUGCAGGUCGUAGCACAAGCCAGACAAGCGCAAAAAGAGCGAGAUGACCGGGACAGAUCGUCACAGGGGGAUUUGCUACACCCCCCGAGAAGUAUUGGGGAAAUACCAAAGAAGGUAAAUUAUGCAGCGUUUAAAUCAUUUGUUGACAAUGAAAUGGAAAUUGACAGUUACUUGCAAGACUUUGAACGUCAGUGUGCACUGGAGGGAUUAGACUCCACCAAAUGGGCUGCAGUCUUCAGCAGUAAAUUGUCAGGUAGAGCAGCCGAGGCGCUGCGAGCAGUACCUGAGGGGGACAUACAUAAUUAUGAGAAAAUAAAAGACAUUUUGUUGGCCAGAUAUGCGGUAACUCCGGAGGCAUACCGGAAAAAGUUUAGAGACCUGAGAAAGACUGGGAGAGAUUCCCAUACGGAAUGGGCUUUUCGCCUGCAGCGGGCAGCCCGCAAUUGGAUGAAGGGCUGCCAGGCAACCACCCUAGAAGAAGCUUUGCAACUAGUGAUACUGGAGCAAUUUUUUAAUCAUACUGCAGAGGACAUAAAAGACUGGGUAAAAGAUAGGAAACCAAAAACCGUGGAGGAGGCCGCUAGGCUAGCGGACGAGUACCAGGAUAACAGGAGGAAGGAGCAAGGGGCGAGCAGACCACCAUUUAAGCCUCAGUACACAGCUCCAACCAACCCGGCUCCACCUAGACCUGCCAUAGGUAACCCCCCACCGAACCCAGCAAACACACCUCGACCUCCUGCAGGGUGUCACUACUGCAAGCAACCAGGACAUUACAAGUAUCAGUGCCCUCGCUUAAACCGGGGAAGCUGGGAACGGCCAGCCCCACAACAACCCAGGGCAGCUGCUCACUGUGUGCAACAGGAACACACAGGCCCUGCCCUUAACCACGAAGAACAAUGGAGCGUAUUACAUGAGGUCAAUCCAGUACAAGCUGAGGGGGACAACCGGGACCACCACCGCCAAUGGAUUACCGUCGAUGGCGUGGGGGCCCGGGCGCUGAGAGACUCUGGGGCUACUUUGACUGUGGUACAGCCCCACACGGUCAGAGCACAAGCUCGCACCGGACGCACAGUCGCUGUAAGGGUGGCUGGGGGCGCUAUUCACAAAUUGCCCACCGCUAAUAUGCUUGUGGAUUGGGGUUCCGGGUCUAAACAGCUGGAGGUGGGGAUUAUGCAAGAACUGCCCGCCGAGGUUUUGUUGGGAAAUGAUGUGGGAUGCCUAACCUCUCGACUAGCCCGAGACCCCCCUGCCGAGGCCUACCCGGUCACCACCCGAGCUCAAGCCAGACUGGAAGCUCCGCUGCACUCUGAGGAAAACCAGGUAAGAUUCGAAAUACCUCCCUUACCCGAUCCCCCCGUACCCUUCUGGGAUACCCCCCAGGGGUUUGAACAGGAACAGCGUACUGACCCCACAUUAGAAGGCUAUAGGAAGGCCGCGGCCGCUACCCCCGAGAACAACCCGCACGAAAAAUUUGAGUGGUAUAAGGGGUUGCUAUAUAGGGUAACCGAGGGGGUGGGACAGGGGGCUACCCAGGUCAUAAAAAGACAGUUAGUUGUGCCCCGUAAAUUUCGGGCUGAGUUGUUAAAACUCAGUCAUGACAUUCCCCUAGCAGGACAUUUAGGGGUCAAAAAGACCAGAGACAGGUUAACUCAAACCUUCUUCUGGCCCAGAGCCACCCAGGACCUUAAGUACUAUUGCAGGACAUGUGAUGUAUGCCAAAGGGUAGGGAAAAGGGGAGACCUUCGGAAGGCUAAGCUGCACCCCCUCCCAUCAUCGAACAGCCCUUCCACCGAGUAGCGGUGGAUUUAAUAGGACCCCUCAGUCGCCCCAGCCCGUCGGGCAAAAAGUUUAUUCUAACGGUGGUCGACUACGCCACUAGAUACCCGGAGGCAGUCGCCCUCACCAAUAUAGAGGCCGAGACCGUGGCAGAGGCCCUUAUUCAGAUAUUCACCCGAGUAGGUUUCCCGCAGGAGAUACUCUCCGAUCGGGGGACGCAGUUCACAGCUACCCUGACGCAACAACUGUGGCAGAGCUGUGGAGUGCAACCCCUGUUCAGCGCCCCGUAUCAUCCCCAGACUAACGGGCUCUGUGAACGUUUCAAUGGCACUCUAAAACAGAUGCUAAAAACUUUUACAGAGUCCCACAAGAAUUGGGAAAAAUUCCUUCCCCACCUUCUGUUUGCCUACCGUGAGGUGCCCCAGGCCUCCACUGGGUUUUCCCCCUUCGAACUCCUGUACGGGAGAAAAGUUCGGGGCCCACUGGAGCUCGUACGGGAACACUGGGAGGGCAAUACAGAUGAGGGGGGAGUCCCUAUCGUCCAGUAUGUCCUGGAGUUCCGGGACCGUCUGCGGGCCCUCACCGAAUCAGUUCGGGAGAACCUGCAGGCGGCCCAGGAGGACCAGAAAAAGUGGUACGAUAGGAGGGCCCAGGAUAGAGUGCUGGACUUAGGGCAGAAGGUACUGGCUCUGAGGCCCGUUAAAAAAGACAAGCUGCAAGCAGCCUGGCAGGGACCCUUUAAGGUAGUGGAACAGGUUAGCGAGACUACCUACAUCGUGAGCAAAUGCUCAGAUGAAAGGCUGACCAAAGCCUUCCAUGUGAACAUGCUCAAACCAUAUUUUGAAAGAACAGAGGAGGUGGGCGCCGUGUGCGCCCCCGCCACAGAGGAUAGUGAAGGGCUACCCCUUCCUGACUUACUGGAUACCACCCCCUGUACUAUUGACCAAGUAAGCUUGGGUCAAAAUUUAGACCUCCUGGAGAAAAGGGAGGCUACUCAACUGCUGCAGGGAUACCGAGAGAUGUUUUCCGCUACCCCCGGCUAUACCUCCGCUGCGGUACACCGUGUGGAAACCCAGGGAGAGACGCCCCUACGGCAACAGCCAUAUCGGAUCCCAGAAGCAGUACGUGAGAGUAUGCUCACCGAGUUAAGGGAUAUGUUACGGCUAGGGGUAAUAGAACCCUCCCAAAGUCCUUGGGCCUCCCCGGUGGUACUAGUACCGAAGCGCGACGGCACUACGCGCUUCUGUGUAGAUUACCGGCGGCUUAACGACCGUACCAUAACCGAUGCCUACCCCAUGCCUAGAAUAGAUGAGCUCUUAGACCGUAUGGCGGGGGGGAACUACUUGACUACCCUGGACCUGUGCAAGGGUUAUUGGCAGAUCCCCUUGGAGCCUGCGGCCAUCCCCAAGUCGGCGUUCGUCACCCCUUUUGGGCUAUACCAAUUUAAGGUGAUGCCCUUUGGGAUGAAGAACGCCCCGGCUACGUUUCAGCGGAUGGCGGAUAGGCUCCUGGAGGGGUUUCAGGACUUCGCAUGUGCGUAUCUAGAUGAUAUUGCCAUCUAUAGCCGCACAUGGGGAGACCAUCUAGGUCAUGUGUCCAGGGUACUCGAACGAAUCCACCUCGCAGGGCUCACUUUGAAACCCGACAAAUGUCACGUAGGCCUAGCCGAGGUCCAGUAUCUAGGCCACCGGGUCGGCUCCGGUAGACAACGCCCAGAGCCCGCUAAGGUAGAGGCCAUAGCUAACUGGCCCCAACCCCGGACCAAAACCCAGGUACUGGCUUUCUUAGGGACGGCCGGGUAUUAUAGAAAGUUCGUCCCAGAAUAUAGCGCCCUGGCCAAGCCCCUCACGGACCUUACCAAAAAGGCUCUUCCCAAACAGGUCUCCUGGACCCCAGAGUGCACGGACGCUUUCCAGAAGCUCAAAGCGGCAUUGAGUGAGGCCCCUGUGUUGGCAGCACCCGAUUACACUAAACAAUUUCUUAUACACACAGAUGCCUCCAUGUUUGGGCUGGGAGCCGUACUAAGCCAGGUGGGGGCGGAUGGCAUGGAACACCCGGUGGCAUACCUCAGCCGUAAACUUUUGCCCCGAGAAGUCAGCUAUGCCACCGUAGAAAAAGAGUGCUUGGCCCUCGUGUGGGCCCUCAAGAAACUUCAGCCCUAUCUGUAUGGGCGAGCGUUUACCCUUAUGACCGACCACAACCCCCUGGUAUGGCUCAACCGGGUAGCUGGUGACAACCCCAGGCUACUCCGGUGGAGCUUAGCUCUCCAACCAUACAAUUUUACCAUGCAGUACCGUCCGGGUAAACAAAAUGGGAAUGCGGAUGGUCUGUCCCGCCAGACCGAACUGGACACCUAAAAACGUACUUUCAUCGGACAUCCCCAAGCCAACCCGACAGGGUCUAGGCGGGUAUGCCGACCUAUGGACUUAUAGGGGAGCAGUGUGAAGAAAUGACUCCGUUAAUCAGGAUUUCUACCUUUUGUUGUACAGUUAAUUCACCAAACUCAGCUGGAAUUCGGCAUGUAACUUUCAUUUCUAAGUUUCGGAUGGAUUCAGGCGAAUUCCCUGUGUAAAAUAUAGAUGGCCGCCAUUUCGGCACUUUACAUGUGGCCGCGGCCAUUUUACGUGCGAACAGCGGUGUUUGCCCGUCGACGCGUGGAACUAAAAUCGGAUACGCAAACAGGCGAACACCGCUGAGACCUCCAUACAUCCAGAACUUCGCACGGGAACGACCGAAUCACCGGCCGUUCGGUAGUUGCAUGCAGCUUCGUAUGGGGAUUGCAACGAUCGCAAAGAUGCGAAUGGAUGGCAGGGCUUUCGUCUCUUUUAUUCGCCUAAACGGAGACCGACCGCAGGGCCAAAACUUAUGGAACUAUUUUCGGCUAGAGGGUCCGUGCGGUCGGUCAAAACUUUAGUGUUCCAUAACUCCCGAACCAUUCAUCCGAAUGGACUGAUUUUUUGACAUGUUGUCCCCACAAAUGAGAACUAUCCAGCGGUACCCAAUUUAAAGGUGUACCCCCUGUUUUUGGGGUACAUCCAGAACUGGGGUAAAAUAGUGCACGUUUUAAUGAAGUUAACUGUUUAUCAGAGGGGAGGGAGGUAUGGGCUGUAACCUAUACCUGAUUGGUGAUUUAAUGCCUCCCCCUGGGUGUGUAUUUCUUGUCUGUAACCCUAAUAAAAAGCAGGCUGGAGAUUCCAGACCUCAGAUCUACUUGUAUCCUGAUUCUGGACUCUGACUGUUAUUUGGGAAUUCGUAUGCUUUACCAAGGGAAUUAUCUUGGGAAGCUGUUAUAUUUCUUAUGGACUUCAUUGCUUAGAGCUACCUUGGACGCUGACAUUGCAGGAGGAAUUAUCAAAGCGGUUCAGCUAUACUUGAUUUCCUUACAGCCAGCAUUAAGUUUUUAAUUAAUAUGAGUUACAGUAGCUCCUCUGUGUGGUCAGACCACGUGCAUUAAUGAUCUUUGGGUGCCCAUGACCGUGCCGCUGGUUCACCGGUUGUCCUUCCUUGAAUCAGUUUUGGUAGGUACUAACCACCAAUCCUUGCCGUUUUGGAGAUGUUUUAACCAGUCAUCUAGCCAUCACUAUUUGGCAGUUGUCAAAAUCACUCAGAUUUCCUGCUUACAACACACAUAUUCAGGAACUGGCUGUUCACUUGCAGCCCAAUAUAUCCUACCCUUUGACAGAUGCCAUUGUAACAAUAUAAUCAAUGUUAUUCAUUUCACCUGUCAGUAGCUUUAAUGUUAUGGCUCAUCAGUGUAUAUAAUACAUUAAAAAGUGGGUAAUCCCCCUUUUAGAGUGUCUAUUUAAACAGGUCCUGUUUUGUAUGCAAUACACCAUGAUUUAAUAAUUGCUUAAAUCUUGUGAUAUAGUUUUUUAUUUUGUAAAUCAGAAUUCUGUUAUUUAAAAGGAUUCCAUAGUGUUAACAGUGUAGAGUCAUUUGGACCCUCUCUCUUUAGUCACUUACUCGAUUCUAGCGCCGAUAUUCCUCUGCGCUGGGUCGCUGCUCCGCCUCCUCCAACAUCAACCAACAGGGGUAUCUAAUGUGUGGCAAGCACUUUGAGUACAUUAGGCCCUCCCUGUAGGAAAGCAUUGUCUCAAUGCUUUCCUAAGGGCAUUUAACUGAUGCUGGAUGUCCACAUGCAGAGCACAUGGAUGUCCAGCAUCAGUUCGGGGACCAAAUGUCCAUUAGCUACCAUGAAGUGCCUCUAGUGUCUGUCUGAUUGAUUUACAUUGCAGGACUAAGUGGGACUGGGACACUGCACCCAGACAACUAUAAUGAGAUGAAGUGGUCUGGGUGCCUAUAGGGUCCCUUUAAAUUCAGUAAAAAAAAAAUACUUUGGGUUUCCUGUGAGCAAGCUGGGUUAUUAAGAUUCCAAAAUGGUUCAAAAACUAUAUUCAAUUUCCAUAAAUAGUGAAAUUAAAGGGACACUGUAGUACUCUAAUCACUUCAAUCUUAUUGAAGUGGUUAUCGCUUGCACUGUUAUUCCAUUCAGUAUUUUUACUGGUUUAAUUCUAAACAAGAGUCCCCUGCAGCCUGUCCUGUCUGUGCUGCUUGUGCUAAUGAGGAUGCAUUAACCUGAGCAGCAAUGGGUGGUGUGAUUGGUUCAGAGUGUCAGCUGACCGCCCUUAGCCUGUCUGUUGCCCAUUGCUGGUAUAGAUUGGUAUGACUAUGGGAGAUUGAAAUCUCUGCCUUAGCUAUACCUGCAGUGGGGGCGGGGCUGUGAGACACUCAUUCAGUGUUAAGCUGCUUGGAAAACGUUUCACACUGAAUGGAGGGAUAGUGCCAGGGAACUCCAAGUACUAUAACCAAUUCAAUGAGAUGAAAUAUUCAUAGUGCAUACAGUGUCCGUUUAAAGGAGUUCUGAUCAUCUGAUGGAAUGCUUUCAUCAAAUGCUUUCCACAUCAUUUUUUUUCAAUUAUUGGGUUUUUUAGGCUUUAAAACAAUUACAAGAUUAACAACUCUAAUGAAAAACAGUCUCACCAUCAAAAAGGAAACAAAUAAAAAAUACAGCUCAUGUCUUCACAAAUCUCAAUAAGGGGAGAUAUGUAUUAACCAGAUGCAACGUAUAGAAAAAUUGUACAAAGUUAUAAAUUAACUGUGUGGAAAAAAAGCCUUAAUAAUGAUUGUUUUGUCCUUUUCUUAUCAUAUUUAUGACUUAACUGCCCCAAAAAAUCAAAUAGUAAAUAUAGUCUUUCUAUUAUGUCAAAUGGACAAGAAAGAUGCCCUCGAGACAAAUCACUUGCAAGACAGAGGGUGUUAACAGUUAACAGUAGGCAAUAUACUUAUUUUGUAAAGUGACAACUCCCUAUUUGAAUCAUAAAUCACUUCUAGGUUUACAUGCAAAAAAAAAAAAAAAUGGUAAUUAUUUGUGUAAUUAUUUUUUUUUUACUUUUAUUUAAUCUGUGUGAAUCCUACAUGAUAUGUUGUAAUGCUGCCAUAUCUUGAUUUUAGAAGAAUAAAAAAACAAACAACAAACAAACUCCCACUCCAAGUUUUCUUAAUGAGUAAAAACUCAGUAAAACACAAUGUGGACUUUCUUAAAGUAGUUUCCAUUUGUAUAAGAAUUUGGAUUCAUUGAAAAUCUACUAUUUCCUUUUGUAGACAGUGGAUAUUUUCUAAAGCCUGUAUAGAGACCUGAAACUCAAUUUUGUAAAGUUUUUGUGCUUUUUAAAAAUUAACAUUAAAAACAAUGAAUACUAUUGUGUGUGAUCAACAGUGGAAGAACAAUUUUGAAAUAUUAACAUGGAUUGUUGCUUGGAACUACUAAUUGGGUAUUCUCAAGCUCAAUAACAAUUUAAGAUUAUUUGUCAGAAGUUGUUAUGGUGGCAUGAGUUUCCAGGCACCAUAUUAGGGUUAAAUCAUUUUGCAAACCUUUAACCGUGAAGUUGGGGCUCUGGCUUCGGACACCACUGCCACCUGGUUUACUAUGUCUCUGUCCUACAGUGUGAAGAAGGUUUAUACGGUUUGCUGUUGAUGGGCUGAGAGCUCCAAGAUUGAGACCUAAAUCAAGCUUUCAUGUCACAGGUUUCAUAUGAACCAAAAUGCUAAUAUAACAAAAAAAAAGAGCUAGCAGAGUGCCGAAUAUAGUGUGCCGAAAACUUGGAAAUAAUUCUUAUGGUAACACAAUACCAGGGAAAAAUUAUUGUCUUUGACUUCAUCUACUAACAGCUAUUAUGGACUAUAUAUUAACAAAGUGAGAAGCGAGUUAUAUACUCUUAUUGUGGAAUGUUCCUUUUGACUUCUCUGUGACAUCCUGGUCUCCAAUGAUUGGAUCUUUUGACCUAAGCCAACAUUAAAGUCAAUGAUGCGUAAACUUGGAGACAUUACGAGUAGCUCUGCAGAUAUAUUGACGGAGCUUUUUCACCUUAAUAAAAUAGAAAUUCAAAUGUCAAAUUACAUGAAAAGUUUUUAACCCACAACAUGUACUCGACGCAGUCCGUGUUCCUGUACUCAAUGUGGACAAUAGGAGUGGUGAAACCAUGAAACCGUGAAACGCAAGAGGUGCAUUUGAGUUGUAGCAAAAAAAGCCAAGUUAGUAAGUAGCCCAGUGGUACUGGUUUAUUGGGAACCUACGAUUGCACUUUUGGAAACUUACGGAGAUUGACAUUGAGAGAAUAUGGAUAAACGUGUUGACAAGAUAAACUUAUAGAAUAUACUUAACAAUUUGCCCACAGGCUAUGUCUACAUUAAAUCUGCUGGAAAUCAAUGUAUAGCUUUGUGUCAGCUGAGAAGAAAAGAAAAAUCUUAAUCUCUUUUGCAAUAAAAAUUGCUUGUAAGGUUUAAGACACCUAAUAAGCCUGUUCAUGCAUGACAAAAUGUGAAAAUCUAUAUGAGUUUCAUGUAGGGUGUGACAUAUACAUUUCUUUAAAAGCUAUUUUUAUUAUUUUUUGUCAUGCAUGAGGACAGGUUUGUAACUACUCAGUUACAAAGUAACCUACAAAGUAAUUGCGAAAUGUAAGAUAUACUGUAAUAGCCAAGCCAUGUAUUUCUAACAGGCACCAUAACCACUGCAACCUAUUAAAGUGACCUUGAAUGGCAAUAAUAGGCAGAGAGUGAUGGACUAACCAGUGAUUGCCAUUCAAGGUUGGACAUAUUGCCACUGGAUAAUGUGGAAGUAUCAUUUUUACAUAAUCAGUGCUGCUGCAAUAGAGGCUAGCUAUGUGGUUCAUAGAGGUCCCCAUUUUUUGUAAAACUAGUCAAAAUAUUGGUAAUGAUACACAUAUAAUUAGAGCUGAGUGAUAUUUUGCAAAGACCCUCAAAAAUAAAAUCCUCACAUGGAGUGCAAUGGUUGGAGACUCCAACAUCUUUCUACCGAUAAAUUUCUUCAGUUCCUGGCAUUUUAUCUACCAGGAGGUUGUGUCAAUAUUGUACUCUUGUGCAAGAGACCAAGGGAUCCUCCAUGAAAUUACUCAAAAGAUCCUUAGGGGAAGUCUUUUUCCUCACCUGUUGGUAGUGACAACUUUUUGGCAUUGACAAAAGUCAGCAACAGACGGUCCACCUUUUGUCAACUUCUGCUUUGCAGUAAGACAACAUAUUCUCUAUGGAUAUCAACAUCAGUAUUUUAUAAAGAUUUUACUUUUAUAAAAUACUCAGAAAUGAAAGAAGUGUUUUAACUCUCAUUACACUGUUAUUUUCCCAAUUUGAUAAUAAUAGCCAAAAUGUAACAAUACCAUUGGAAUUAUCUUGAAACAUCCUGUCAAUUAGCCAAAAUUGUUUAAUGAAUAAACUCCAAAUUAGUUUUUAAAUGGGUCCCGAAAACCUCCCCACAACCAUCAAACCCAUAUAUAAUUUUGGUGUACAACUCUAAGAAUUGUCUAUUAAGCGAGGACAUUUUACUGGCAUCUGUGCUGUGUACGUACACCAUAGAUUAAAGUGAAACCAAAGAUUUAGACUUCCUCAAUAUAUGUGUGUUUUUUAAUUUCAAGCACUUUAAUGGGUUCCUAUAACCCUUUUUCAGUAAAAAUUUUCAAUUUUUAUUUAUUUAUUUUUAAAAAUUCUUUAUUUUAGUAGUGCUUUGCGGAUAACAUGGUAGAUAUAAGGCCGUAAUACAGUAAAGUUGUACGUGAAUGCGAUACUUAUUUGGCUAAUACACAGCACAAUUUUUAAUAUACAAGUAAGUUCAAGGUAGGGUCGCCCGAGAAGGUAUAUGUGCUAGAAGUACUGAUUGUGUAGGAGUCAUGUCUCAUGGGUCCCUCAAAGGUAUAUUAGGAAUACGCGUGCUUUGUCCAGUAGCCAAGACUAAAGGAUGUGUAGCAUAUAGUUGAGUAUGAAUGUGAAGGUAAGUAACCCCAGUAUUUGUGGUUUAGAUUGGCGUGUAGAGGCAUGUAUCGGAGAUUGUGUGUGUGUAGUGUUAUGAUUGUAUCGCUUGGUAAGGAUAUGUACGAGAGAGUGUUGCCUCUAUGAUAGUGAAGUGUACCCUUAACCAAGGGGUUCGCGGGGGAUAGGGAAAGUGAGGGAAAGGAAAGUCCAUCAGUCGCUAGUUGUCUGCCAUGUGGACUUUCGUCUUUAUGUCACAUAUCUAUCGUGUUAGCCAGUCGCCAAUGAGCAAUACUAUUAGAAACAAGCUUAAAGGCAAAAGAAAUACAAGAGUAUAUAGAGAGAGAAAAACUUAACAUAACAGGUACGCAUUCGCAGGGUGUUAUGUGAGACAGUUCUUGAGCAGUGUCAUCUCUCCAUGGAUUCAGGUAACUGUGUCUCGCGAUCCUUAGGCUCUCGGGACAAAUGGGAUUACUGUGGCAGGGUCCCAGGUUUCCGUGUAGGUUGCUGCAUUUGGGAUUGCUGUUUGGUCAGUUAGUCCCAGUGCUAUGAAGAAUUUGGAUGCCUCUGCUAUCGAGGUGAGUGUGUGAGCGGCUCCCUCUGCGAUGCUAUUAAGGUUCCCAGUGGUCCCCACUUGUAUGCUAUUCCCGCUGCUUGCAGUGUCGAUGUAACUGAUCCCAGAGUUUUGCGCCAUAGGUGUGUAGCUUAUUUUUAUUUUUUAAUGCCUUGUUGGGCACUAUUACCCUUGUCCACUAUUUUUACGCUAAAUAAUAUAAUUAAUGUGGGAGAGAUGAGUGUGAUACAACUGGACAAGUGGGUCUGAUGGUGAAGAGAAAUUAAAGUGUGGUCAACAGAAGAGAGACAUGUGGAUCGAGAUAAGGCAGAAAUACAAGUGGAGACAAUGGGAGACAAACAUGGGGUGAUAUCGGAUGACACAAAAGAGGGUGACUGGGAGAGAUUCAGGCAGGGACAAGAUGGAUACAAACAUGGAAGACAGAUGAACAGUAACUCAAAAGCAAAUGAUAAACACUUGCACCAAACCACUACACCCCUUCGUUAACACACAUGACACUUCAUUCACACACUGACACUGAAUAAAAAAAUUCCAACAUUCAUCCAAAUUCAUCCACACACUGACACUGAAUAAAAACAUUCCAACAUUCAUCCAAAUUCAUCCACACACUGACACUGAAUAAAAACAUUCCAACAUUCAUCCAAAUUCAUCCACACACUGACACUGAAUAAAAACAUUCCAACAUUCAUCCAACUUCAUCCACACACUGACACUGAAUAAAAACAUUCCAACAUUCAUCCAAAUUCAUCCACACACUGACACUGAAUAAAAACAUUCCAACAUUCAUCCAACUUCAUCCACACACUGACACUGAAUAAAAACAUUCCAACAUUCAUCCUACUUCAUCCACACACUGACACUGAAUAAAAACAUUCCAACAUUCACUCACACCAACAGACAUCUAUCAUACUCACUACUAUCACUUUAUGAAACCAUGAAUACAUACAAGUAAAUAAGUAACCAAAAAUAUGUACAUUUAUAUGUAACAAUUGAAAUGUCUAUACACUUUCAAGUGGCCUAGGACUUCAUUUUGUACAGGGAUUGUGAAGGCUGUCAGUCCAUCUCUAGUCAUGCCACUUCACUCUGAGGUCUAAUCAAAUGCUUCUCAUAGGUAACAUUUGUUGGAUGGACCGUUCUUGCAGGCUCAUAGUGCAUGCAGGCACAUGGCAGCUGACCUGGGGAGAGGAGGGUGGGAGUGGAGCUGGAGAAAGGGAGAGCUUUAAAGGACCACUUUAGGCACCCAGACCACUUCAGCUCAAUAAAGUGGUCUGGAUGCCAGGUCCCUCUAGUUUUAACCCUGCAGCUGAAAACAUAGCAUUUUCAAAGAAACUGCUCUGUUUCACUGAGGGGUAAUCCAGCCUCUAGUAGCUUUCUCCCUGACAGCCACUAGAGGCCGUUUCUGCGAUUCUCACUGUGAAAAUCACAGUGAGAAGACACUGAUGUCCAUAGGAAAGCACUGAGUAAUGCUUUCCUAUGGGUGGUUUGAAUGUGCGCGGCUGUAAUGCUAAACUACUGGAACGCAACUGCAGAAAAACUUUUAAUUACAUCAAUUUAUAAUUUUAUUCUUUUUUGUUAUUGAAUUGCAGGAGUGGUUACUGUAGCUUUAAACCCUUAUAGCAGGUUGUUAGUUGCAGGAAAAAAUAAGCCACUGAAGUUUUGCACAAGCCAAGCAGUCCUAAUUAAGGAUAGUGCAGAGAAUGCAUGCAGAAUUAGGUUGAAUUAAAUGUAGUAGAAUUAGCUUCAGGAGAGUUUAACAAUGAGGCAGUUUCUUAUUUGCAACUGAGAGCAAUUGGAUUGAAGGAGAAAGUACUUAGCUUAAGAGGCAGUUUCUUAUUUGCAACUGAGAGCAAUUGGAUUGAAGGAAAAAGUACUUAGUUUAAGAGGCAGUUUUCAGGAAACUGGAGAGUUCAAAUUAAUCAGUUCCUUAGGGGAAGGAGCAGAAGUCCGUUUAACAAUCCGAGGUCGAGGAGUGGAGAAGGAGAGUAGUUGUUUUCAGAGCGGUUUCGGUACACGGAGGAGCUUCAAUUGAAAUUGAGUAGCCGGUAAGAGGUUCACAGGCACUUGUUCAAUAAUCCAGCAACUUGAAUCUGGCGCAGUCUUCCUAUGUAGUGUGGGGAGACCGCGUCAGAGAAGGGGCGGGGCAGAGCUCCGUCAACCCGGAAGUCACUUAAUUCGGCGAAACCGGCAGAUAUAACCUGACAGCGGCUCUUGCCGCACAUGCGCAUUCGGUGCUGACUUCGGCAGGAGGAGGAGAGUUCCCCAGCGCAGAGGGAGCCUGGCGCUGGAGAAAGUUAAGUUUUAACCCCUUCAGCCCAGCGGGAGGGGGGCCAUGAGGGUGGGGGGGACCUAUGGACUAUAUAGUGCCAGCAAAACGAGUUUGCUUUCCUGGCACUAUAGUGGUCCUUUAAGUAAACAUUAAAACAUUAAACAAAUGCUAAAAAUGCAGGGAGGGCUGAGAAAGUUCACAAAGUAGGGAGGGGAUAUUCAAGUUUCCCCUUGCAGGGACGCUCCCAGCGCCACCUGAAGGGGAAGACCCUCAUUUCAUCUUUGCCAGCACACAGUGCAUGCUGAUGACAGAUGUCAUUUUUGCACAAAAUUAACAUUUGGCAGUCUAAGUCAUGUGUGAGAGGGAGCAACUGGCCUCCAGCAAAAAAGUACAGAUAUCUCUGUUUGUUCAUAGCUUCAAGCAGAAACGCUGUAUAUAUAGAUUCCUUUCUCCAUGACCAUCGAAAAGCAGAGGCUGUCAUUAACAUUGGAGUAACUCUUUAAUAAAACCUUUUUAUUUUUUUCAGACAUGUGUGGGAAGCAGGAGGAAAUGUAAAAGGAAAUGUUGUAAUUAAGCUGGACAAAUUUCAAUCCACUCAGGGAACUUCCUUUACUGCAGCCAACUCUGGUAGACCCUGCGCCUGAUUUCCU